UCUAUGGAGGCGCGGCCGUCUGGGCCUCACCCACAUGUCUACUUUCGACCAAUAGUAAUGCAGAGUUUCUCCUCCCCUCCCGCGGAGGGCGCAUCCACCUGACGGCCCGGGUACGCGCACCCCCUCCUCCUCCUUGGACUUGGCGCGUUUUUUUUUCUUCCUCCCUCACCCCUCGUGCACGCGCACUGUGGUGCUCCGAAUCUCGCGAGAAAUCCAGCGGUUUCACUAUCGUGUUUACACUAAUUAAACCCAUUACCCCCCGAUAAUCCGAACCGAGCCGAUCCGGAUUAAGUCGGGCGGGUGGUUCCGGAGCGGAUCCGAUCCCUUUUGCAAGAAAAUUUACUUCACGUUUUACCUCAUCAACCCUCACCCCCCCCCCUCCAUCAGUCGCCCCCCCCCCCCCCUAUUUGACGUAAAAUACUAAAUAUUUUUUCGGUAUUUUGGUGACGUAAAAAUAUCGUCUUUUUCCAGGUGGGGAGGGGGGGAGACAAAAAUUCCUUUCCCUGGGGUGGGGGGGUCGUUCGGAGUUUUCCUCCCCCGCCCCCCAUGACGGACUCCCCGUGCUGGUGAGGUGCGGCGCCGGCUUCCGCGCCUAGGAAAGCCCGGGGAUUUGCGGCCUAGUGACUGGAGCCUGGAGAAAACAGGACGGCGAGGAGGAGGAGGGUGAAGCCGAGAGCGAGGUCCCCAUCCCCCCCGAGGGGGCUCCGAGCUGGGAGACACCCCGAGGUCCGGGGGCAGACACACCGAGGGCUGCAGAGGAAAUGAUGGAAGAAUUGCAUAGCCUGGACCCUCGGCGCCAGGAAUUAUUGGAAGCAAGAUUUACCGGAGCUGGGGUUGCAAAGGGACAGUUGAAUAGCGAGUCUUCUAACCAAAGUCUUUGUAGCCUGGGUUCUCUGAGCGACAAAGAACUUGAGCAGACUCCAGAGAAAAAACAGAAUGACCAGAGGAACCGCAAGAGAAAAGCAGAACCGUAUGAAACAAGUCAAGGGAAGAACACUCCUAGAGGACAUAAAAUUAGUGAUUAUUUUGAGUUUGCUGGGGGAAGUGGCCCGGGGACAAGUCCAGGCAGAAGCGUUCCACCGGUUGCCAGAUCCUCACCGCAACAUUCCUUAUCAAAUCCAUUACCCUUACCGAGUCAAAGUAGCCCUCCUUCUGCCACACCAGUGAAUCUAGAGCAUUCCUGUAUCCCUAUCAAACUGAUUUCCGUCCAGCACAGGCUAACGCAGUCUGACCUCACAAUGGAUAAAAUAUCCGCUCUUGAAAACAGCAAAAACUCCGACCUAGAAAAAAAGGAAGGGAGAAUAGAUGACUUAUUAAGGGUAAAUUGUGACCUCCGACGGCAAAUGGAUGAGCAAAAGAAAAUGCUGGAAAAGUACAAAGAACGGUUAAACCGAUGUGUUACAAUGAGUAAAAAACUACUUAUAGAGAAGUCAAAACAAGAGAAGAUGGCAUGUCGAGACAAAAGUAUGCAGGAUCGACUCCGCUUGGGCCACUUCACUACUGUCCGCCAUGGAGCCUCCUUCACUGAGCAAUGGACCGAUGGUUAUGCCUUUCAGAACCUCAUCAAGCAGCAGGAACGAAUAAACUCUCAAAGGGAAGAAAUUGAGAGACAAAGAAAAUUGUUGGCUAAGCGGAAGCCUCCUGCUAUGGGGCAGACUCCCCCAGCUAAUAAUGAGCAGAAGCAACGUAAAAACAAGACCAAUGGGGCAGAAAAUGAAACGUUAACUUUAGCAGAGUAUCAUGAACAGGAGGAAAUAUUCAAACUCCGACUAGGUCACCUUAAAAAAGAAGAAGCUGAAAUACAAGCAGAGCUAGAACGUCUUGAAAGAGUAAGGAAUUUGCACAUUAGGGAGUUGAAACGAAUACAUAAUGAAGAUAAUUCACAAUUUAAAGACCAUCCAACGCUAAAUGACCGAUAUCUAUUGCUUCACCUGCUAGGUAGAGGAGGUUUUAGUGAAGUGUAUAAGGCAUUUGACCUAACAGAGCAAAGAUACGUAGCUGUGAAAAUCCACCAGUUGAAUAAGAACUGGAGGGAUGAAAAGAAAGAGAAUUACCACAAACAUGCCUGCAGGGAAUAUCGCAUUCACAAGGAGCUGGAUCAUCCCAGAAUAGUCAAAUUAUAUGACUAUUUCUCUCUUGACACAGACUCGUUCUGCACAGUGUUAGAGUACUGCGAGGGUAACGACCUUGACUUCUACUUGAAGCAACACAAGCUUAUGUCAGAAAAGGAGGCUCGUUCCAUCAUAAUGCAGAUUGUAAAUGCCCUCAAGUACUUGAAUGAGAUAAAACCACCAAUCAUUCACUAUGACCUGAAGCCAGGUAACAUUCUUUUGGUUAAUGGUACCGCCUGCGGAGAGAUAAAAAUCACAGAUUUUGGACUCUCUAAAAUAAUGGAUGAUGAUAGCUAUAACUCUGUAGAUGGCAUGGAGCUCACAUCCCAAGGAGCUGGUACAUACUGGUAUCUUCCUCCAGAGUGCUUUGUGGUUGGAAAAGAACCCCCCAAAAUCUCUAACAAAGUGGAUGUGUGGUCUGUAGGUGUAAUAUUCUACCAGUGUCUGUAUGGGCGAAAGCCAUUUGGUCACAACCAGUCUCAGCAAGACAUAUUACAAGAGAACACCAUCCUGAAAGCCACAGAGGUGCAAUUUCCUCCAAAACCAGUUGUCACCCCAGAAGCCAAGGCUUUUAUCCGUCGUUGCCUUGCCUAUAGGAAGGAAGAUCGAAUAGAUGUCCACCAGCUGGCAUCUGACCCCUAUCUACUGCCACACAUCCGUAAGUCAGUCUCCACCAGUAGCCCAGCCACUGCUGCAAUAGCUUCAACAUCUGGUUCUUCAAACAACAGCUUGUCAAACUGAGACUGCAAGACUGGAACACGAGACGUUGCACCUUGCCCUAUUACAGUGGCAAAGCUGGCAGAGCAGUUAGUUAUUUGGCUACUCUGGAAUACUUCUCUUCCUUUAGAUGGAGAGUAGUGAGUUCUCCAUGGAACUUUUUAUUUUCCAGCUUAGUAGAGCCACAAAUCUCUGAAUCUGAUGCAUUCUUGGUAAGAAUUGACACUCGUGCUGGGAGAGAGCCUGAAUCCUUUUGGCAAGGACCUCUUACAAAUAACAAGGCUGUAGACAUGGACAUAAACCCUUUCCCACCCCACUCCAUGGACUUCUGGACCCUUUAUACAGCCGAAAACCGUUGCAUACACGGAAUUGACUUUUUACUGAUUACGUUUUCAGAAGCGGGAACUUAGUAGACUGUACUUGCCCUUUGUUGAUAUUUAAACCUGUUUUGUUUUCCCUUUCAUCCAUUUUAUUAAACACGUAAGAAAAAUAGCCAGAAA